AUGACUCACUCUCACAAUCCCAUGAUCUUUGUCGUUGGAAUUCUAGGUAACAUUGCCUCCUUCUUUUGCUUUAUAGCACCCAUAUCCGUAUUUUAUCGAAUUUGUAAGAAGAAAACAACCGAAGGUUUUCAAUCAUGUCCAUAUGUGGCUGCACUUUUCAGUGCAAUGCUUUGGAUAUUUUAUGCUUACAUUAAAACUGGCGAAAUGCUUAUCAUCACCAUCAAUGCAUUUGGUUGUUUGAUAGAAACAAUUUACCUUGUCAUCUAUAUCACUUACUGCCCAAAACAAGCUAGGAACUUCACGUUGAAGCUGAUUUGCUUGUUAAACUUGGGAGGAAUUUGCUUGGUUAUUGUUCUAACACAUCUUCUAGCAAAAGAGCGAACAGCUCGAAUCGAACUUCUUGGAUGGAUUUGUGUAGUUCUCUCAACUAGUGUUUUUGCAGCACCUUUAAGUGUUAUUAGAGUGGUUAUUCGAACCAAAAGUGUUGAAUUUAUGCCUUUCACUCUUUCACUUCUCCUCACAAUAAGUGCAAUCACGUGGUUGAUUUAUGGUAUUCUCCUCAAAGACAUCUUUGUUACGCUUCCAAACAUUGUGGGAAUAACGUUUGGAAUGAUUCAGAUGGUGUUGUAUGGAAUAUACAGAAAGAACAAGCCUGUAAACGAUGAAAAGCUACCAGAACACAAAGAUGAGAUCAAUCAGCUGCAGAUAGUAGUGAUCAGUCAUGAAAACGUUGUUGAUGUUGAAAGAGGAGAGAAUAAGGAAGAGAAGGAACAGGAGAAGAAACAGGAAAAGGCAGGAUCAGAGGAACGGGUUGAAGAACAACCACAGAAAGAGGGUUGA